GCAAAACGGAGACGAAUCCGGGCAUUGCGCCUCGGCGAACCAGCGGUCAAACAACUUUAAUAUAUACACAACGACUGUUUGUUUAUUAGAUCAGUUAUCGAAAUGCCGAAAUUCACCUUCGUUUUAGUGAUUCUGGCUUUGGCCGUCAGCGUGCAAGGAUUCCCGACAUUCGAGGAUGACGUGGCAACGGCUGCGGCUUCCGGAAACUGGGCCAAAGUGCACGAGAUUUUGAGAAGGAACUUCGCGCAAUCGUUCGGGCCGCACGCGAUGGGAGACGUCCGAAGCCUGAAGCCGCCGUCCGGCGGGCACGUGUUCGCCGAGGCCCAGUCCACGUUCGAGCACGCCUCCAGCGUCGCCGGCAAGUCCAGCCACGAGCGCGGCGGCCACAAGGUCGUCAACAACGACGGGAAGGUCGCCGAGUGGGACCUCCACUAGACGCCGACAGCCACGAGGGGG